GCGGGUUAGGGCGAGACGGAUUGAAUUGCCUUCUCUGCACUGGAGUUUGUUCUGCGAUUCACAACCCCCCUCCAUUUCCCCUAGCGGGUACAAACAUCACUGGUAAUCCCUCUCCCGCCAUUUCAAUUUUCUCCACUACAAAUCACCAAAAAUUCACAUGCACGGAAUCGCUUUCAAUUGAUGUUCGGAUGUGUAGCCCACACCUUUCUCUCUCCUCGUCUCACCCUCACCCUCUCUCCACGACGAGUACUCCCUCCUCUCAUUUCCUCUCUCUUCCCGCCCAAACCCUUCUCCCUCCUCAAAACCCCUUUCUCUCCAAACCCUAAACCUAGUACAACCAUGUCCUCUCGCCCCUCCGCCUUCGACGCUCUCAUGUCCGGCGCACGAGCCGCCGCCUCCAAGAAGAGACCCCAAGCCCAAUCUUCUUCCCCCAAGAAGCGUAAAACCCCAGACUCAAACCCUAAAAACACCCAAAGCAUUAGUCCCAAGAAAAGCUCCGAUGUUUCUAAACCGUUAGAAGAGGCCCAGGUCUCAAAUGGUCCCACAUCAGGCGAACCAAACCCUAAUUCGAAUGAGGAGAAAUCGGAAGUGAAGAAACCGCGUGUAUCAGACCCUGAUUCGAAGCUGGGUUUGGUUACUGCUGAUGAGAGUGUUGCUCUUCUGAAGAAGAAGCCGAAAGAUUUCGACCCGAAAUCGGCUGCGUUUUGGAAGGACGGCGAGCGGGUGCCAUUCCUGUUUCUCGCCAAGGCGUUCGACGCGAUAGACAAGGAGUCGGGACGGAUUGCGAUAACAGAGAUCGUGUGUAAUUUGUUGAGGACUGUGAUUGAGACUACUCCGGAUGAUUUGGUUGCGGUUGUUUAUCUUUUGGGGAAUAAGGUUGCGCCGGCACAUGAAGGAGUGGAGCUUGGAAUCGGAGACGCUUCAAUUAUCAAGGCACUUGCCGAAGCUUGUGGGGCGAAAGAAUCACAAAUUAAGAGCAAAUAUCAGGCCUUAGGAGACUUGGGCCUCGUUGCAAAAGCUAGUCGUUCGUCUCAAGGGUUGAUGCGAAGACCUGAAGCAUUAACAGUUGCCAAGGUUUUUGAUACAUUUCGGCUUAUUGCUAAGGAAUCGGGUAAGGAUAGUCAAGAGAAGAAGAAAAACCAUAUAAAGGGUCUUGUCGUUGCAGCUACUGAUUGUGAACCUCAAUAUCUUAUUCGCCUACUGCAGUCAAAAUUGCGGAUCGGUUUGGCAGAGCAAACCCUCUUAGCUGCAGUGGGGCAAGCUGCUGUGUAUGCUGAAAAACAUUCUUCACCACCUGCUCAUAUUGAUUCCCCUCUUGAAGAAGCUGCGAAGAUUGUUAAGCAAGUAUAUUCUGUAAUACCCGUGUAUGAUAAAAUAGUCCCUGCUCUUCUUACUGGCGGCGUAUGGACUCUUCCAAAGACAUGUAGUUUCACACCAGGCGUCCCCAUCGGACCUAUGUUGGCAAAACCGACUAAAGGGGUGUCUGAGAUCUUGGAUAAAUUUCAGGAUAUGGAGUUCACAUGUGAAUACAAGUAUGAUGGAGAACGCGCUCAGAUACAUUACCUAGAGAAUGGUUCAGUUGAGAUAUACAGUCGAAAUGCUGAAUGGAAUACUGGAAAGUUUCCUGAUGUUGUUGUUGCAGUUUCAAGAUUAAAGAAGUCAUCUGUAACAUCAUUUGUUCUGGAUUGUGAAAUUGUGGCUUAUGACCGUGAGAAGAAGAGAAUCAUGCCCUUCCAGAUACUCAGUACACGGGCUCGGAAAAAUGUGGUGUUGAGCGACAUAAAGGUUGAUGUGUGCAUUUUUGCUUUUGACAUCUUGUAUCUUAAUGGCCAACCACUUAUGCACGAGCAACUUAAUGUUCGUAGAGAGCAUCUUUACAAGUCAUUCGAGGAAGAGCCUGGAUAUUUUCAGUUUGCAACUGCAAUAACAUCAAAUGAUCUCGAAGAAAUACAGAAGUUCCUUGAAGCUGCUGUUGAUACUUGUUCUGAGGGUUUGAUUAUCAAAACAUUGAGUAAAGAUGCUACAUAUGAGCCAUCAAAAAGGUCGCAUAACUGGCUAAAAUUGAAGAAAGACUAUAUGGAAAGCAUUGGUGACUCCCUAGAUUUAGUUCCUAUUGCUGCUUUCCAUGGCCGGGGGAAACGUACUGGUGUUUAUGGAGCCUUUCUGCUUGCUUGCUAUGACAGCAGCAAUGAAGAAUUUCAAAGCAUAUGCAAAAUUGGCACUGGAUUUUCUGAAUCAGUGCUUGAGGAGCGUUCUGCCAGCCUUCGUUCUAAAGUUAUUCCCAAACCAAAGGCAUACUAUCGCUACGGAGAUUCAAUAAAUCCAGAUGUUUGGUUUGAACCCACUGAGGUAUGGGAGGUGAAAGCUGCAGAUUUGACUAUCAGUCCCGUUCAUCGUGCUGCGAUUGGCAUUGUGGAUUCUGAUAAGGGUAUUUCUCUCCGAUUUCCACGUUUGCUUCGUGUCCGGGAAGAUAAGUCUCCAGAGCAGGCCUCAUCAUCUGAUAUGGUUGCUGAGAUGUAUAAUGCCCAGAAAAACAACCAAAGGAAUAAUCAAGAGGAAAAUGAGGAUGAUUGAGGUCUCAUAGCUUAUUUGUCUCUCUCUCUCUCUCUUAUGAAGUGGUGAUUUCUUGUACAGAUCAGCAGUUCUACUGGUGCAUGCAAGCAGGUACGGGUCUGAAAUUUAUCGGCAUAGGUGUCUGCAAAAUUCUUUGCAUCAGAACCUUAUCUUCAGCCAUUUUCAAAUUUUGAAAAAGAAGGCUCUAAACCUAAGCCAGAUGGAUUGUUCUGAAGAACCUGGUUGAAAAUAUUGCUGAUCCUUGAGAUUAUUACUAUCUGAUGUUGAGUAGUUACUUUGGGAUGGGAUUGGUUUAGUAUUUUAACUGGAGAGAUUUUAGUGCUUUGGUAAGAUUGCCUCGGUUGGUUUCCAAGGAAGUGGGCUCAGGCUCUCGGCAACCAGGGAUUGAAUCAAUCUCACUUAUACAGCUUGUUUAUAUUAUACUCUGUAUUUCUCUAAUUACCCCUCUUCAGGUAUCAUCAUUUUCUCAUGGUCCAGACAGUGAGAAUAACCAAGAGGACUUGCGGAAGACCAUUGUGUCGCCCUUCGACUUCAGAGAGGACUGCCUGGUGUUGGACCACUACAUCGGGCAAAUGGCCUAUGGGCUUGAACAUUUAAUUCCCAGAGUGAACUUGAUCACACAAUGAUGAGGUGUUCGUAAUCAUAUCCUGUAUGGCAAAUUAUAUUAGACUAUUGGUGGCUUUAGUUCAAAAGAACCUGAUUCAGGCAUUGGAAUUCGUAGCUGUUCAGAAAGGCAAUGAAAUUCCUGUGAAUGGACUAAUAUCCAGCUGUGUGGGAUGGUUUGUAGAUAGGAUGGGCUUACCGCUUUGUCCCUGGCAUUUACCCCUUGAGUUUCUCUAGUUUUCAAGUCGCUGAAUCAUUGCCCGUGAAAAAGGGUUUACCCAGAUUUUGAAAUUUUUAUUACAUGUCACUUGUUAUUUUUUGA